AUGGGAAGACUUCUUCAAGACACGAGUGAUGAGUUUGCAACAGACAAAGCGUUAAGGGUAUACCCCACAAAUCAACAAGUUAACGACCACAACUCUGCUGUAUUGAAUUUGUACAGAAAUAAUGGUGCUCGCAUUUACAAAAUAAAAGCGCAGGAUCAGCUAGUACACGCCACACGAAAUGCAGACAAUGUGGAUAUAGCUACUAUAAUACCAGCUGAUAUCAACAAAACUGGGGGUUUACCAGCGGAACUGCAAAUAUUUGUGGGGGCAAAAGUCAUGCUACGGUCCAAUAUUGACGUUUCAAAGGGAUUAGUAAAUGGCGCUAUAGGCUAA